AUGGGGGAGGACGUAACGAAUAGCAACUCGGCUCGCUAUGCCGAGCGUGCCGAGCAGAUGGAGAUGUUACGUGCGACGCAGGAGGAAUUAGCUACCAAGAUCAAAGAACUUCAGAUUUAUGAGACGAAUUAUAUGACCCUUAAGAAGGACUUGUCCCGUUGGAAGAAAAAAUUUGAAUAUGUUUUUCGUGAAAAUGAACUUUUAGCGUUAGAAACGGGGAAAUUGGACGCUUCACACAAACAAAUUGCUUUUCUACAACAAGAAAUGAAAUUUAAAGAAGAAGAAGGGGCAGCCUUACGUGGUCUUGUAAGUGCAUUAGAAGCUGCAACUAAAAAAGAACGAAUGAAACAAUUGGAAGCUGCAAAAGCACGAAAUUCUGAAUUAGUCGCAGUCGCGGCUCUUGCCGCUGAAAGAAAGAGUAAUGAAGAUACAGAUCAGACAUUACAAGCUGAACGGAAAGCCAGACGUGAAGAAAAAGAACAAUAUGCAGCCGAAAUAGCGGCCCUAAAGACGGAAAAUGCGUUACUUUUGAAAGAUGUGGACAGGAAAGAUGAAGAGUUACAAAGACAAGAAGAAAAAAUUACUGUACAUAAAAAACGCAUUGACGGACUUCAGAAAGCACUGAAAGAUGAACAAGAAGCAGGAAUGACGAGACUGAAAGAAAAACAGGAUAAGGUACAGGAAUUGGAAAAACAAGUUCAACAAAUGCAAAUGAGACGACGUUCAAGUGUUGCAGCAGCUUUAGCAAUGGCUGAAGAAGAAGGAAGAGAUACAGUUGGAUUUGGACCAAUGGAUCGAUUGAAAUCGAAUUAUGGAAACGAUGAGAGUGAUGAUGAACCGGAUACACCUCCAGGCACUCCACCACCCAUCUCAUCGGGUGGGUUAUUGCCAUUGGAAGACCCAACAGCUGAUCAGACGAUUCGAGAUUGGACGGAAGACAGAAAAAUUCCAUCUAUACGCAAUUUUGAAGAAGCUUUGGAUCUUGAUAAGUUGGAAGAGUUGAUUCGGAAAUUACCUUAUGAACAUCAAGAAGGAGCAAGUCGUGUGCUUAUGGGUGCAUUGGACCCGGACACAACAGAUGAACCUGUGAAUGAGUCGCAGAUUGUGCUCCGAAACUUGUCAGCGGAACGGCAGGCUGAGUUGCGAGAAUUUUUGUUGCCAUUAUUGAAGUCGCACCCGGCACUGAGGGUUUCGUACUCGACGAUGGAACGUCGUACAUUGGUGACAGAUGUGCGUAUUCAGAUCGAACGUCGCCGUGAUUCUGUCUUGGGUGGAUUUGUGCCUGGUGAGAAACGGUUCGGCAAGGAUCAUUUGUUCUUGGGUCCGUCUAUAGAUGAUGUGGGAAAGCUUGUGCCGCACAUGCCUCGUGUACUUAGUACGGGCAGCAAGGCAAUGUAUAUAUCCAAGCCCAAAGUUGCUUAUCAUUUGGCUAAUGUCGCUGGUGCUUCUUUGUCUCAAGAGAGAGUAAGUGAACAUACAGAGGACAUGGACACAUCGUCCGAGUCGGCAGAGCUACCCGAUACCUCGGCGGCGAAACGAAAGUGGGCCGGGCUGAACGCUGCCAAGUUCAUUGGCACGAUGGCAGCUGGUGCCAAACAGCGCGUGGCAGCUACCUUUAAGGGGGAUGCUAAGUAUACACACGAGGGCACAUCGUGUCAGUUCUGUAAGAUGACGCCUAUUGUGGGAGAGCGUUAUUCGUGUGCCACGUGCGUGGGCUUUGAUCUCUGCGAGAACUGCUACUGUCUUGGCGGUCAUGGCUUGGAAAACUCAGACGAGUUGUUUUAUCGCGUGCAGGAGCUAGUGCUUGCGCGUUGCCCUCGCCUAGCCGAGGAAGUGGAUCUGCUUGAGCUCAUGCGCUUUGAGAUCUGCCGCUCCAACUUGCGCAAAUUUAACUUUUGCCUUAACUGGCUGGCUGACAUUGUCAAUGGAAAAUCAUCAAAGGACUUGCAGGCGCGUGCUUUGGAAAUACCCAGUAUUCGGCGCGAUGUCCGCAAGGUGUUUGUGCCUCUCCUUAUGCGCGUAUGCAGUGACCGAGAAGAUAUUGAGGUCAAGACAGAGUGGGAGCUAGAGGAUGACAACCAGGCUCCAGUUCGCAGCGUUGGCGGUGGAGUUAGUGAAGGAGAUGGCCGUUUUUUGGAGACACUACGAAUCUGGGUCGCAGAUGAGUACCGUACCACAUCACCAUUCGUGGAACGUAGUCUACUUAAGUAUCGUGAAGGCGAGGACGAAGGUGAAGAAGGUGUAGAUAGGCGUGACAACGGCGGCGCUAUUGACGGUGGACAUUUAAAUGGGAAUGGAGGCCAAAAUCACAAUCGUGAUGGCGACGUGAGCAGCUCUGCAGAGGACCCAAGCGGCAGUGUUGAAGGACCCAGUAGUCAACCCGGGCUCGUAGAACGCAAUCGUGUUUUUAGCGAUCACUUCUAG